CCUCUUUCUUCUUCUUUAAGACAGGGAGAAAGGCCUUGAAUCUUCCCAGCAGAUCAUUUCUGGAGAACUUUCAUCUCAAAGGGAGAUAAUAGAAAGAACCCCAAAGGAUAAUUCAUUGUACUCCAUUUUGAAAGUCUGGCAUAUUGGUAAUCAAAUAGAUAGUUAUCAAGGAAACAAAGACAGAGUUUUGAGGCAGGUCACAGCCAUCAGCCAUGAAACAUUGGCUGAAGAGACAGGUCCCAAGUAUAAUGCAUUUGGAAAAAUGUUCAAUGGGUGCACAGAUCUUGAUCCUUCAAGUAAAAAACUUCAUAAUUUUGAUUUAUGUGAAAAGAACUUAAAAUCUAAUUUAGACUCACUAAAUCGUGAUAGGAACUAUGCAAGAAAGAACCCCAUUGAGAGAUUUGGAUGUGGAAGACCACCCAGCUAUAGUGCCUUCUGUUCUGUGCCUGAGAAUGAAGGCUUCAUUCAUAGUGGAAUGAAGCCCCGUGGAGAGAGUGAAUGUGAAAAAGUUCUUCAUAAUAAGCAAGCCCAUAUUCAGUAUAAGAAAGUUCAAGCCAGAGAGAAACUCAAUGUUUGUAGUGUGUGUGAGAAGGGCUUUAUCAAGAAGUCACAGCUUGUCGUACAUCAAAGAAUUCAUACUGGAGAGAAACCAUAUGUAUGUGGCGAUUGUGGGAAAGCCUUCAGUGAAAAAUCACACCUCAUCGUCCAUCAGAGAAUUCAUACUGGGGAGAAACCCUAUGAAUGUACUGAGUGUGGAAGGGCCUUCUCUCAGAAGUCACCCUUCAUUGUUCAUCAGAGAGUCCAUACUGGAGAGAAACCUUACAAAUGUUUUGAGUGUCCAAAAGCCUUCUCCCAGAAGUCACAUCUCAUCAUGCAUCAGCGAGUUCAUACCAGAGAGAAGCCCUUUGAAUGCAGUGAAUGUGGGAAAACCUUUUCUGAGAAAUCUCACCUUUGUGUACACCAGAUAACUCAUAAUGGGGAGAAGCCCUAUGAAUGUACUCAAUGUGGGAAGACCUUCCCUCGGAAAACACAGCUCAUGAUACAUCAGAGAACGCACACUGGAGAGAAGCCUUAUAAGUGUAGUGAAUGUGGAAAAACCUUCUGCCAGCAGUCUCACCUCAUAGGACAUCAAAGAAUUCAUACAGGAGAGAAACCUUAUGUGUGUACUGACUGUGGGAAGGCCUUUUCCCAGAAGUCACACCUCACUGGCCAUCAAAGACUUCAUACUGGAGAAAAACCUUAUUUGUGCACUGAAUGUGGAAAAUCCUUCUCUCAGAAAUCACCUCUUAUUAUACACCAGAGAAUUCAUACAGGGGAGAAACCCUAUGAGUGUAGAGAAUGUGGCAAAACCUUCUCCCAGAAAUCACCCCUUGUUAUUCAUCAGAGAAUUCACACAGGGGAGAAACCCUAUGAAUGUACUGAGUGUGGGAGGGCCUUUUCCCUGAAGUCACAUCUCAUUAUACAUCAGAGAGCUCAUACUGGAGAGAAACCAUAUGAAUGUAGUGAAUGUGGAAAGGCCUUCUGUGAGAAGUCUCCACUCAUUAUACACCAGAGAACCCAUACUAAGGAGAAACCCUCUGAAUGUGCUGAGUAUGGGAUGACCUUUUCCCAGAAAUCACAGAUGAUCACAUAUCAGAGAACACACACUGGGGAGAAACCCUCCAAAUGCAGUGACAGUGGGAAGGCAUUCCGCCAGCAUGUAUACCUCACUGGACAUCAGAAUCCAUCUAGAAGAGAAACCUUAUAUAGGUACUGAUGUGGAAAGGCUUUUUCCCAGAAGUCAGACCUCAUCGUGAAUGGGAAAACUCACA